AUGUCAUCCUGGCAGGAGCAGAUGGGAAAUCAAACAGCAAUCAGGGAAUUUGUCUUCCUGGGUUUCUCCCAUUUCCCCAAGCCCCAUUCUCUGUUCUUCGUCUUGUUCCUGACCAUGUACGUCACCACCUUGUUUGGAAACGGCCUCAUCCUGGCCACCACUUUCCUGGAUUCCAGCCUGCAUACGCCCAUGUACUAUUUCAUCCGGCAUCUCUCCUUCCUGGACAUGUGCUACACCUCGGUCACUCUGCCCCACGUGCUGAAAAACUUGUUGGCAGAGUCCAAGGCCAUCUCCUUCGAGGGCUGCCUGGCCCAGCUUUACUUCCUGGUGGCCUUUGUGGGAGUCGAGUGUCUCCUGCUGGCCGUGAUGGCGUACGACCGAUACGUCGCCAUCUGCCGUCCCCUCACGUACACCCUCCUCAUGAACCAAACAUCGUGCACUCAGUUGGUGGCAGCCUCAUGGGUCUGUGGCCUCCUCAACUCGGUCCUGCACACAGCCAUGACCUCUCUCGUGCCCUUCUGUGCCUCUCACGAGCUGGACCACGUGUUCUGUGAUGUCCCCCAGUUGCUCAAGCUCUCUUGCGCAGACACUUUCCCCAACCAAAUGACAUUGGUGGUGGUAACCAUGCUGCUUGGCGUCAGCCCUUUUCUUUGCAUCAUGCUAUCCUACGUUCAUAUUGUCGUGGCGGUCUUGAGGAUCCGAACGUCCCAGGGUCGCCGCAAAGCCUUCUCCACCUGCGCUUCCCAUCUCACAGUGGUCACCUUGUUCUUCACCAGUGGAAUGUUUAAUUAUAACCGGCCUGGCUCCAGUUACCCUGCAUAUUUAGACACCCUGGCCUCUGUGCUUUACAAUGUGGUGACCCCAACGCUGAACCCCAUCAUCUACUGCCUGAGGAAUAAAGAAAUGCAGGAGGCUAUGAGACGGGUGCUCGGUCUCAAAACGCCACCAUCUCUCUAG